CGUCCAAAGGGGCUGCCGACCGCGUUCACCUGUCCCUGGGUUCGAGGGGGAGGCGAGACCCCGCUGUGGACUCUUUUUCGUGGCGGAGGCUGCAGUCGGCCGUGGACAUUUCACGACGGGGGGAGGUGCUGUACGUCCAAGAUGGCGGCGCCCUGUAGGCUGGAGGGACUGUGAGGUAAACAGCUGAGGGGGAGGAGACGGUGGUGACCAUGAAAGACACCAGGUUGACAGCACUGGAAACUGAAGUACCGGUUGUUCCCAGAACAGUCUGGUAGUGGCACCAAUGAAGAGCCUUCAGAGUCUUUAACACACAUCCUGGACCCGGCACAGCACGUUUGUGUAAGAUAAUGGCCCAACAAUCAAAUAUCGGGGAGCUCCUCUCCAUGCUGGAUUCCCCCGUGCUGAGUGUGCGUGAUGACGUAACAGCUGUCUUUAAAGAGAACCUCAAUUCUGACCGUGGUCCAAUGCUUGUAAACACCUUGGUGGAUUAUUACCUAGACACCAAUUCUCAGCCGGUGUUGCACAUCCUGACUACCUUGCAAGAGCCCCAUGAUAAGCACCUCUUGGACAAAAUGAAUGAAUACGUGGGCAAAGCCGCCUCUCGGUUAUCCACCCUCUCGUUACUGGGGCACGUCAUAAGACUGCAGCCAUCUUGGAAGCAUAAGCUCUCUCAAGCACCUCUUUUGCCUUCUUUACUAAAAUGUCUCAAGAUGGACACCGAUGUCGUCGUCCUCACAACAGGCGUCUUAGUGUUGAUAACCAUGCUACCCAUGAUUCCACAGUCUGGGAAACAGCACCUUCAUGAUUUCUUUGAUAUUUUUGGCCGUCUUUCGUCAUGGUGUCUGAAGAAACCAGGCCACGUGACAGAAAUCUAUCUUGUCCAUCUCCAUGCCAGUGUUUAUGCUCUCUUUCAUCGCCUUUAUGGAAUGUACCCUUGCAACUUUGUCUCCUUUCUACGUUCUCACUACAGUAUGAAGGAAAACUUGGAGACUUUUGAGGAAGUGGUCAAGCCAAUGAUGGAGCAUGUGCGAAUUCAUCCGGAAUUAGUGACUGGAUCCAAGGACCAUGAACUGGACCCUCGAAGGUGGAAGAGAUUAGAAACACAUGAUGUUGUAAUAGAAUGUGCCAAAAUCUCUCUGGACCCUACAGAAGCCUCAUAUGAAGAUGGCUAUUCUGUGUCUCACCAAAUCUCAGCCCGCUUUCCUCAUCGUUCAGCUGAUGUCACCGCCAGCCCUUAUGUUGACACACAGAAUAGCUAUGGGAGUGCUACUUCUACCCCUUACUCCAUUUCUCGGCUGACAUUGUUAAAUACGCCAGGGCAGCUACCUCAGACUCUGAGUUCCCCAUCGACACGGCUGUUAACUGAGCCGCCACAAGCUACUCUUUGGAGCCCAUCUAUGGUUUGUGGUAUGACCACUCCCCCAACUUCUCCUGGAAAUGUCCCACCUGAUCUGUCACACCCUUACAGUAAAGUCUUUGGUACAACUGGUGGAAAAGGAACUCCUCUGGGAACCCCAGCAACCUCCCCUCCUCCAGCCCCGCUCUGCCAUUCAGAUGACUAUGUGCACAUUUCACUCCCGCAGGCCACAGCCACACCCGCCAAGAAGGAAGAGAGAACAGAUUCUGCAAGGCCUUGUCUACAUAGACAACAUCAUCUUCCGAAUGACAGAGGAUUAGAAGAGCUACCUGGCAGCAAAGGUUCUGUCACUCUAAGUGAUCUUCCAGGGUUUUUAGGUGACCUGGCCUCUGAAGAAGAUAGUAUUGAAAAAGAUAAAGAAGAAGCGGCAAUAUCUAAAGAACUCUCUGAGAUCACGACAGCCGACGCUGAGCUCCUGGUUCCUCGAGGAGGCUUUGACUCUCCCUUCUACCGGGACAGUCUCCCGGGCUGUCCGCGCAAGACCCAUUCUGCCGCCUCUGGUACUCAGGGCACCAGUGUGAACCCUGAGCCUUUAAAUUCCUCCCUGGACAAGCUCGGGCCUGACACACCAAAGCAAGCCUUCACUCCCAUAGACCUGCCCUGUGGAGGUGCUGAGGAAGGCCCUGCCGGGAACAGGGGUCGCCAGCCUUCUCUGGAGACCAGUAUCCUCACUCCCAGCCCUUGUAAAAUUCCACCUCCAAGGGGAGUGGGCUUUGGAAGUGGGCAGCCUCCCCCAUACGAUCAUCUUUUUGAGGUGGCAUUGCCAAAGACCGCCCAUCAUUUCGUCAGCAAGAAGACGGAGGAACUAUUAAAGAAAGCAAAAGGCAACGCCGAGGAAGACUCUUGGCCCUCUACCUCCCCAGUGGAAGUGUUGGACAGGCUGAUCCAGCAGGGAGCAGACGCGCACAGCAAGGAGCUGAACAAGUUGUCUUUACCCAGCAAGUCUGUUGACUGGACCCACUUUGGAGGCUCUCCUCCCUCAGAUGAGAUCCGCACCCUCCGUAACCAGUUGCUUUUACUGCACAACCAGUUACUUUAUGAGCGUUUUAAGCGGCAGCAGCAUGCUGUCCGGAACAGGCGGCUCCUCCGCAAGGUGAUUAGAGCGGCGGCUCUGGAGGAACAUAAUGCUGCCAUGAAAGACCAGUUGAAGUUACAAGAGAAAGACAUCCAGAUGUGGAAGGUUAGUCUGCAGAAAGAACAAGCCAGAUACAGUCAGCUUCAGGAGCAGCGAGACACGGUGGUAACCCAGCUCCACAGCCAGAUCAGACAGCUGCAGCAUGACCGAGAAGAAUUCUACAACCAGAGCCAGGAAUUACAGACAAAGCUGGAGGACUGCAGGAAUAUGAUUGCAGAGCUGCGCCUGGAAUUGAAGAAGGCCAACAGCAAGGUGUGUCACACCGAGCUGCUGCUCAGUCAGGUUUCUCAGAAGCUCUCAAAUAGUGAGUCGGUCCAACAGCAGAUGGAGUUCUUGAACAGGCAGCUGCUGGUUCUUGGAGAGGUCAACGAGCUGUAUUUGGAACAACUGCAGAACAAGCAUUCAGACACCACGAAGGAAGUGGAAAUGAUGAAAGCUGCAUAUCGGAAAGAACUAGAAAAAAACAGAAGCCAUGUUCUCCAGCAGAAUCAGAGGCUUGAUACCUCCCAAAAACGGAUUUUGGAACUGGAAUCUCAUUUGGCCAAGAAAGACCAUCUUCUUUUGGAACAGAAGAAAUAUUUAGAGGAUGUCAAACUGCAGGCAAGAGGACAGCUGCAGGCCGCAGAGAGCAGGUAUGAGGCUCAGAAAAGGAUUACCCAAGCGUUUGAAUUGGAGAUCUUAGAUUUAUAUGGCAGGUUGGAGAAAGAUGGCCUCCUGAAAAAACUUGAAGAAGAAAAAACAGAAGCAGCUGAAGCAGCAGGAGAAAGGCUUGACUGUUGUAGUGACGGCUGCUCGGAUUCUGUAGUAGGGCACAAUGAAGAGGCAUCUGGCCACAACGGUGAGACCAAGCCCCCCAGACCUGGCAGCACCCGGGGCAGUAGUGGAAGUAGAGGUGGCGGCGGCAGCAGCAGCAGCAGUGAGCUUUCUACCCCGGAGAAACCCCCAAACCAGAGAGCAGGCCUCUUCAGUAGUCGGUGGGAAACUACUGUGGGCGAGCCCUCUACCAGCAUCCCUACGACUGUUGGCUCACUUCCCAGUUCAAAAAGCUUCCUGGGCAUGAAGGCUCGAGAGCUAUUUCGUAAUAAGAGUGAAAGCCAGUGUGAUGAGGACGGCAUUACCAUCAGUAGCCUUUCUGAGACCCUAAAGACAGAACUGGGCAAAGACUCAGGUGUGGAAGCCAAGACUCCCCUGAACCUAGAUGGCCCAUACCCAUCUCCCCCAAACCCAGACAGUGUGGGACAGCUCCGUAUCAUGGACUACAAUGAGACUCAUCAUGAACACAGCUAAGGAUGAUGGUCAAUCAGUGUUAACUUGCAUUUGUUGGUAUAGAAGAGGAGGUGUGAAUGCACGUUUCAAACCUUUCCUAUUUCCAGGGUCUGAGUGGCUAGCUCACGCAGUGGAAAUGGGAUGGAGGUCUUUUUGACAGUUGACUGAAUGCGGAACGGUUUUUGGAUCUGGCAUUGAAAUGCCUCUUAACCUUCCCCACAACCCACCCCCAAACCUCUCUCUCAUUUACCUAGCAGUGUGUACUAAUCCGAGGGCCAGUUUGCGUUCCUCAGUAGCUUUAUUUUCUUCCUUUUUCUCCCAAAAUGGUUGCGUCCUUUGAACCUGUGCAAUAUGAGGCCAAAUUGAAUCUUUGAGUCUAACACACCACUCUCCUUUCCUGAAACUGAGGUAACGGGGUUGGCUCUCCGUUAGCCCAGGUAAUUGGUGGCGUCGCAGGUAAGUCUGAUUCUGUCCCUUUCCAGGAGGAUGUAGCGUGCAGAGUGACCAUCUUCACAUGAAAGCUUUUACAUUAGACUGUUUCACUGCUUUUGGUUCUGAAGUUCAGUAUCUAAAGCAGCAGAUCUAGAAAAACAAUGGUUUCUUCACCCUUACGUUCUUUUGGCGGUUCUGAUAAGCUUCCUAGAAAAUUCUGUGUGAACAAACGUCUGUUGUUUGAAAAGUCUGGAGCUGGCACUGUGGAGACCAUACUCCCCUUUGGGAGUGCUCUGUCCCCUUUCCCCACUACCUCUUAUUUAUUUGGGGUUUGCUCGAAAGCUGGUACUGUUCUGACCAGAGGCUGGUGUGUGGGUGUUAAGACCUGCUCUUGGCAGGAAGGAAGGAUGGUGACUGGAGCAGUUACCUGAGAUGCACUUGUAGGUGAGGAGGUGAGGAGCUGCCCCUCCAGGCUGGGUUGUGCUAGCUGAGCCUUGUGGUUAAACUCCAUCUGUCUGCCUCCGUUUGUGUUCCCUUGCACCUCUUGUGUAUGUCAACUUCUUUGUGACGCUGCAGCAGAAAGGCUCUGAAGGUCCAAAGAGUCUCCUCAAAGUUUAUAUGACCAAUGUUUCUCAGGCUGUUAAAGUUGCCUCACUAUAGUAGGUUCUAGGCCACCAAAAAGGUAACAGCUUUUUCGCACCAAUUCUAACUUUCAGGGGCUGACUCUCCAGGGAGCUUGAAGCUGCUACCCUCCCACACGUUAGGAAUGGUAGAGCAUUUUAAAGUAGAGUCUUGGAGAGUGUUGGCAAAUGCUGGCUGCCAUGGACCCAGUGGGCUGCCCACACACACUCAUGAGAGGUGAUACCAGUCAGAACACUGGCAGUGGCAGAGAGUCUGAACUCAGCAAAUGCUCCUGAAAUAAAUGCUAAAAGCCUAAGAAUUAUUGCCUAGUGUUCCAGCUGAGGCAAGGAGAGACUGGUAGGAAAGAGCCAAUGAACUUGGUUUUUCUCUUUCUGUUCUUUUAGUUAAAAGUAUAGAAGGGUUCAGCCAUGAAGAGGGACAAACUGUAAUGGUACGAAAUCUUACUGCAUAUGGAAGCUUCCAGCACGUAAGGGUAAAGGUCUCUUUUUUUAACUAUGGCAAUAAAUAUUCUAGUAUCCCUAACAAAGGGAGCUAGAUAAUGAGAGACUCCAUGUCACCAGGGCUAUACUGGCAGAAGAUCUCCUUGGGACAAGAUUUUCAGGUGUGACUGACUGAUUCCCAGCUUGAGAGAGGGUGUGGACCCGACUGCGCUCAGCCCAGCAUGGUGCUGGCAAUUGCUGCUGGAUGUCCAGUGUGGAGUGUUAAUAACACCACACAUUUAAUUCAGCUUUGUCCAAAGGAAAGCUUAAAAUCAAACACAUUCUAGUUUCCUGGUUCAGUUUUAGAAAAGGAAAACAUGAACAAAUUCAGAAAGGAAAAAAAAUGUUUCAGGCUAACAAGUGAAACCAGUUCUAAAUGCUUGCCCCCUCCCUGAGCCCAGGAGAUCUGUGCCACAGAACAAAGAUACCAGGGGCUUUAGUCAAAGCCUUUCCCCUGACCAGCUGGCAAUGGCCAGGAGGCCAAUGUGAAGAAA